GUCGUUUCCUUUCUACCACAUCUUUCUCUACAUGCAACUGUUGUCCAACAAUAAAAAAAGAGGAACAUUUCCAGUGAUUAUUUAAAAUAAUGUUAAUUAUAGUGACAAAUGAAAUUAACCCAAAGCUUAUUUACCCAGUUUUGAUGAAUGUUAGUUCGAGUUUUCAGAUAUACUCAUUCUGUAAUAAAAUCUCUUUCGUUAACUAUAUUUCAAUAGGACAGAAGGAACUGUAAGGCUAAGAUAACGGUUCAAAACUCUGACCUGUACGUUUUAAACGAGUUAAUUGGUGAACUAUGAAAGAAACUAGUCUAAGAAAAAUGAUCCUCUUCAGUCUAGUGAGCGUGCUAUAUCUCUGGGCGAAUCUUGCGCUUAUGGGCCGACCAAGUAUAGCUGAAGACGUUUUGAAUGAGCCCUUGGAACUCUACAAGACGGAACAAGUUGACCAAGAAAGACUCCGAAAAAUAGAUUCUUCUUUCACAUCUACGACAGCAGGUGACAUUCUUCAGCCGACAUUUGAUGACGAAAUCCCAAUAAACGUAACAACACAACUUGGAAAAAGAGUUUACCUUCACUGUGUAGUUCACAAUCUUGGAGACAAAACCGUUUCAUGGAUACGCAGAAAUGAUUUCCACGUGCUCUCAGUUGGUCAAGUUACUUACACAGCAGAAAAGGGGUUCAAAAUGAUACACGUCAAAGAUUCAAAUGACUGGAUUUUGCAGAUUGAAUUAGUUAAACCGGGAGACACUGGAUUUUAUGAAUGUCAAGUCAAUACUCAUCCCAUGAUUAGUUAUUUUGUCUAUUUGACUGUUCUCGUUCCUGAGGCUACAAUUGCUGGAGCUCCAGACUUGCACUUCGACAGUGGCAGUACUAUCAACCUAACUUGCAUCAUCAAACACAGCCCUUCACCACCAGUCUUCGUUUUCUGGUACCAUGGCAACAAUCUAAUUAAUUAUGACUCCUCUCGCGGCCAAACGACACUUCAAAAGGUAAACGGAGACACUGCAGUCAGCUCCCUCUACAUAAAAAACGCCAAGACUAAAGAUUCGGGAAACUACACGUGCGGCCCAUCCAAUGCAGAUAGCACAAGCAUCAGCGUGCACGUUUUGAACGCAGGAGAACAACUUGCAGCCAUGCAGCAUGAUGUGAAUACUUCAUCUCCAUCCUGUGGUUGUUAUUAUCCGCUUCCUCCCGUAGUCAUCAUCUUGAUUGCUGCAUCCCUGCUAAUUCGGCCUUGUUGAUUAGCGCUUUCUCCUUUUAGUCUACAUUUGACGAUACCAGCUCCGUCCCCAGGAACUUUUAGGUUGGAGACACGUAUAAAUAUAUUCAAUAUUCAAAUCAACAAUCUACUGAAGACCCAAGCUUAUUCAUUUAAUGUGUUCUGCUCAAAAUCUGUGGAGAAUAUAUAGAAACGAUUUUUUGGUAGGAACUUCAUUCUAGGAUGUUUAUUAUCAUCAAUGGUUCUUCAUUUCAGCUUUAAAAAUCCCAACGACUAUUUGUAUUGUAUAGGUUUGUCUGGACGUUCACAAAUUAGUUCGUUUUAACCCACCAAGUUCAUGUUUGAAAUAUUGUUGACACUAAAUUUGUACAACAAAAGACAGUGUUGGGUAAGCGAACAGUUUGUAUAAUCAUUACGACUUUCCCAAAACCAUAGAACAAUUAUUAAGUAAAUUUAGUCAACAGUUCCUUCAGCCUUAAUGAUACUUUAAUCACAAGCUUUGACUUCUGAAGAACAUUAUAAAUUAUAUGUGUGAUUUUACAAAGAUUUUACCCGGUAUAAACAUAUUCUGUAUACAUUACAAAUAAUGGGUUUUUCUUGUUGUGUGAGUUAUUAGGAUAAGCUA